AGCUCUGUAACCUAAUCCGGAAGUUUUUGAAUUAACAGAGUUAACAGCAACACCUGUUGGGCUCUAGCUUGUUUGAAGUAGGCUAACUUAAAUCAUCAUGGUUUUGAUAUUUGGUGCUCUACUUCUUCCCGUGUAUUUGACAGUUGUUAUCUCGAGUGAGGUUCGUUGGCUGCCAUGCGAGUUUAUUGAACAACAUGCUGUGAUCGUCGAGGAACUAUUUCAAGGGAAGAAGAUUAAUGUAUCGGUAACAAAAUAUCAACUUCGAGAUGCUGGACUGCAGUUUGGCAAGCCCGGAGACCGUCCAGUGCAUUCGGAGUUAAUAACCUUCCUUGUUACAGCCUCUAAGGUGGACAUGCAGUGGUACCUUAAAGAUGGAUUGGACACUCUUCAAUGCGAGUUGCGUCGGUACCGCACGGGCGCUUCGCCGGUACGCUGGCCCAGCAUGGGAGCCCAGGAGCGCGACAACUGGUUUACCUGCACACUGCGCCACACAGAGGGGCUCUUCGUUAUCACUUAUUUCCUCAGACACAGUCCCAUUGCUCCCAAUGUUGUGCAGCCAGACUUCCAGCAGUGGGUUCCAGUUGCAGAUAGAGACACAAUCACCACCUCAGCUGUAAUGAUGGUAUUGACCCAUACCCCCUCUCUGGAGGUCGGCCUGAUGAAGGAACAGAGCCUGAACUGUGAGUUUGCUGUAGACCACAAGUCGGCCCACCUCACUGUGGAGUGGCACCUGCAGCGCAAAGGCCAGCACUCAAAGCUCUUCAGCUACUCCAGCCGCACGGGCCAGACUGAGGGCAGUGGUGUGUCUGUGAAGGCCAUCGCCAGGGGAGACGCGUCGCUCAAGAUCCCCCUUACAAGGGAAACCAGUGAGGGCACCUACGUCUGCUCUGUGCACGUACCUCCACUCUCCGGCGGCCACAGCAUGGACCUGCACAUCAUGGCCCUGCCUCCCCAUGUGUCCCUGAAUGUGAACUCUGAGGUGUCUCUGUCUGAGGGGGAGUUGCAGAGGGUGAAUUGUGAAGCAAAAGACUACUACCCCCUGGAUGUGCACAUGGAGUGGUUGAAGGAGUCUCUUACCCCGGGAGCAAGCCAUACACCCGAGGUGCUGAAGGUCGUCAAGUUCUCCGACCACCGCCACAACCCGGACGGCACCUACACCCUCACUGCCUAUUUCCUGCUCAAGCCCACACUCCGGGACUCUGGGUAUCGCUACACGUGCAGAGUGUCUCACGAUGCCCUGCGAAUGCCCAUCCGGAAGAGCUUCACCCUCAGUGUCACGGAGAAGGAUUCACAUCUGUGGUACCUACCUCCUUUUCUGGCUAUGAUUGGAAUCCUGGCUUUGCUGCAGUCCAAACUACGCAAACAGCUUCCUGUUUUACUUUAAUUUAUUUUCUGACGGUUUUCAGUACAAUAGGUUUAUUUUACGCAUUGCAUGUUCAGCAAUGUACUAACAUAUUAUAACUUUGCUACCGGUGUUCUCAUGAUAACGUCGCUAACGUUAUCAUCAAUGUUACUGUCCUCAAGAACCGCUUAUGUGGAAGAUGCCAGCGCAAUAGUCAGAGAGGUCAUUUGACUAACCAAAAAGACUGGCCCUUUACCAGAACAGGUAUUCAGGACUGAAUCCAUCGCUAUCUGGGGUCCACCAAGAGUUGCCUAUCUGCGAGUUGGAUUUCUAGCGUCUACUCCAGGCUGCUCUGACCAGACGGCCCAGACUUCAGAUCUGUGUUUCCAGAGCUCUACAGAUGGCCAAAGGACUGUUCUGGUGCCUCUCACACCUACGGCAUGAGAGGCACCAUUGUCCAUGGACUUGACUUUGUUUGUUUUCUUUAUCUACGUCUUUGAGUAAAACACUUGGAAUGGUCUCUUGUGCUAGAAAUGUUUAGGCAUACUUUACUUUUACCUUACCUAUGCUCCACAGACUACCAACUAAUUCACUGGGUUGGUCUGUUCAAAGACACUAUAUGCACUGAUUCACACAGUACUGUUGUCUAUGGACAUUUUUCACUUGGUUAAAUUUAACCAACUGGACUAACACAGUGAUUUGUAUUUUUUACUGUUUUAUUAUAUUUAAUAUUAUUAAUUAUUAAUAUUUUACUGUGUGUUAUGUCAUGCGUGUUCUAUGUACCAAAGAUUUAUAGGCGUCUUUCGCUGCUCCGUCUGGCAUGCUGCCGGGGCGCUUUUAGGUGUUCUCACUUUUUAUUUUAUCUUGGCUUCACGGAAAAUGAGGACUAGGCUACUCAAUGAACUUCCAAAAUAAUGAAUGAAUGAAUGUAACUAAAAUGUUGUUUUAUGGACUGAGAAAUAUACUCUGCUCAUUCUUAUCAUGAUGCAUCAUCUUUUUCUUCUGACUAGGAUGUCUGGCCUUCCCUAGAACCAUAUGGCAGUCUAAAAGUAGAUAUUUUUUAUAUAUAUAUAGAAUCAUUCCCAUGCUUCAACCUUUUCAGCAGUUUUCUAUGUACACCUUGAGGGAAAAUGACAAAGAAGGAAUUCAAUAUUUUGCCAUUGCUUUGACAGUUGUAUUUUUUUGUAAGAACUUUAACCUUUUGGACACUUCUGCAAGAAUAUAACCUAUAAUUUGAUACUUCCAUUUCCAUAA